GUAGGUGUUCAUGAAUGUACCGCAGCUGAACGUGCUUCUUACACGUGCACAGUCGGUUUGUAGACACAGGACUGUGGAGACAAACAGUUUCUGAAGCUUUUCGGUUCAACGCUGCGUGGUUUGUCAACAUAUCUAGUAGUCGCGGACGGUUUUGUUUGAGAGGCGGCUCUGAAACCAGAGCACAAUGAUGAAGUACAUCCUUGUUACUGGUGGAGUCAUCAUCAGGCAUCGGUAAAGGGCUCAUAGCAAGCAGUGUGGCACCAUCCUAAAGUCAUGUGUUCUACAUGUGACCCGCCAUUAAGAUCGCCCGUAUAUUAACAUAGACUCUGGCACAUUUUCACCCUAUGUGCAGGGCGAAGGUGUUUGUGCUCGAUGACGUGAGGGGAGGUGGACCUUGGACACUGGGCAACUAUGAGCGAUUCCUUGACAUCCGGCUCACCAGAGACAACACGACCACCGGAAAGAUCUAUCAGUCAGUCAUCAACAAGGAGAGGAGGGGAGACUAUCUGGGCAAGACUGUGCAGGUGGUGCCACACAUCACAGAUGCCAUUCAGGAAUGGGUGGUGAAGCAGGCGAAGGUUCCUGUCGAUGACGAUGAUGUGGAACCUCAAGUCUGCGUAAUAGAGUUAGGAGGCACUGUUGGAGACAUAGAGAGCAUGCCUUUCAUCGAAGCCUUCAGACAGUUCCAGUUUAAGGUCAAGAGGGAGAACUUCUGUAACAUCCACGUCAGUCUCAUACCACAGCCAAGUGCAACAGGAGAGCAGAAGACGAAGCCAACACAGAACAGCGUCAGAGAGCUCAGAGGACUGGGGUUGUCUCCUGAUUUGAUCAUGUGUCGCUGCUCCACAGCUCUGGAGACCUCAGUCAAAGAAAAGAUAUCGAUGUUUUGCCACGUAGAACCAGAACAGGUGAUCUGUGUGCAUGACGUGUCGUCCAUCUACAGAGUCCCCUUACUGCUUGAGGAUCAGGGCGUGGUGGGCUACCUGAGCCGCCGACUCAACAUGCCCAUCGAGGCCCGACCGAGGAAGAUGCUGACGAAAUGGAAGGAAAUGUCUGACAGGUCGGACCGACUGCUGGAGCAGUGCUCUAUCGCUCUGGUCGGGAAGUACACCAAAUUCUCGGACUCGUACGCUUCUGUUAUCAAAGCUCUGGAGCACUCGGCUCUGGCCAUCAGCCACAAACUGGAGGUUAAGUACAUAGACUCAGCAUAUCUGGAGCCCAGCACUCUGCAGGAGGAGCCUGUGAAAUACCACGAGGCAUGGCAGAAACUCUGCAGCGCUGAUGGGGUCCUGGUUCCUGGAGGAUUUGGGGUCAGAGGAACUGAGGGAAAGAUCCACGCCAUUAGCUGGGCCAGGAACCAGAAAAAACCUUUCUUAGGUGUGUGUCUAGGAAUGCAGUUGGCUGUUUGUGAAUUUGCCAGAAACACACUUGGCUGGAAAGAUGCCAACUCAACAGAAUUUGACCCAGAGUCAAAGCAUCCUGUGGUAAUCGAUAUGCCUGAACAUAACCCAGGUCAGAUGGGCGGCACAAUGAGAUUAGGGAAGAGACGGACCAUUUUCAAAACCAGCAAUAGUGUAUUACGAAGGCUUUAUGGAGACGCAGAAUACGUGGAUGAAAGACACAGACAUCGCUUUGAGGUCAAUCCUGAGCUGAAGAGUCACUUUGAGGAGAAGGGUUUCCGCUUCGUCGGUCAAGACGUUGAAGGGGAAAGAAUGGAGGUCAUCGAGCUGGACGAUCAUCCGUAUUUCGUUGGAGUGCAGUAUCACCCAGAGUUCACCUCUCGGCCCAUCAAACCGUCACCUCCGUACCUGGGUUUGCUGUUGGCCGCAGCUGGGAAACUGCCGAGCUACCUGCAGAAGGGCUGUCGCCUCUCUCCACGGGACACAUACAGCGACCGCAGUGGCAGCAGUACACCAGACUCUGAGAUCUCCGAGUUGAAAUUACCAUCCAUCUCCAACGAAUGACAAGAUAACGACACCGGCCAGAAGAAUGAACGCAGAAAGGACAGCGGUUAUUUACUCUCAUGUCUGUUUUAUGGACAGUUUAGAAGUCGCUCAGAAAUAGAUGACUCGCUCUAGCGGUGAGCACCUCGCUGCACUUCUACCGGCAGCUGGGAAUCAACUGUGUGUGUUCUGUCCCGGAAUAAGGUGUUUUAUAAACGGACUCUGAAUCCCUAUGGGCUGAGGUACAUUAUCACUAACUGCAUUCUGCAUGAGAUCAACAUCUUGGCAUUAUGAGGAAGUUCAGCCUAGUUAUGGCCACGUAACAUGGACUCUGGGAGGGGGGGGGGGGGGCAAUGAAUUUUACAUCACAAUACUGACAAAAUCCAAUGAAAUGAGGUGUCUCUCUCAUCUAGUGCAUAACUAUCAGUCAUAUUUUCAUAGACUGGAGGCACCAGGUCAUAUGAAAAUGGAAGAUACUGUAAAACUAUGUAGCCUAAAAUAACUAAUUUAAUCAGAAAUAUCUUAUGUGUAAUUAAUAUACAAGAUAUUACUGCACUGAGCACAUGUGAAGCAGUAGAUUUUAGUGUUUUUUGUUUUUUAAUGGAAAAACAAGGCGGCAGUUCUUUACUGUAGUUUUUAUCCAGCUUCGGGCGGGAGGGUGUUAUAUCAUUUUGUCGUCUGUCUGUCCAUUCAGUCAUAUCUUUUUUUGAAGAAUGCAUUGAGAAAUCUGCACCGAAUUUAUCCUGUGGAGGCAUCUUGGCAUGGAGCAGAAGCCUAUUGAAAAUAGGUGACCGUGACCUAUUUUUUCAAGGUCACAUGGCUUUGUGCAGUUAUAAUAUCUGAGAACUUUCAAAUAUAAAUAUGUAUGUAAUACGAUUUACACAAAGAGAAUCUAAUUUAACUUAUAGGGCUGUAACUUUCUACAGAAUCUUUCACUAUUUGGCCGAGGGAGAUUAACAGCAUGUUAUGUUAAUGCCCUGUGACCCACUGAGUCCAAGUGUAUGCUGUGAAUGUUUUUGUUUUUGGACCGUAGAUUCCAUGUUAUGUUACAAUUAGGUUGAACUGACAACUUUACUCAUGAUGUAAGGGGUUACAUUUCCAUAGAGAAUGCAGUUGUUUCCAUACCUAUCAGAUGAUCUAAGAUUGUACUGUUGUGGCCUUACUAUCAAUAUGAAACUGAUAUUCAGGUACAGCCAUUUACGUUUACUUUAUGGAAUGCAACAGGGAAUAAAGGAUUCCACUCAGACUUGUUGGUGUCACAAAACCUGA